UUUGAAGACAGAUGAUGAAGCAGAAAACAUUUGAGAUUCUGAGGUUGUCUUUGUUCUUUAUAUAUAUAACACAGAGCCCUCUCUUUUAACCUUCUUCUUCAUCUUUGAGCUCUAAGACUAACCUCUUCCCUUAUUCGGGAUCUUCGGAAAGUCAAAAACUUUUUCAACCCUCGAUUAUUCUCCACGAUAAAUUGCGUUUGAUUCUAUCAACUUUUCAUUUUGCGGGCCAAGUUCUGAUCUUUUUUUUCUAGCAUCGUUAAUUCCAGUCUCGAGGUAGUUCGAUUGCUAUUUUCAAAGUAGGAAGCUUUGGCGGCAGUGAACGAUGCUCGGUCAUAGGAUCUCAAGAUUCGGGUCUUCCAUUGCUAAACAGCUCGCAAGAGAGGGAUAUUUAUCAACAUAUGUGACAAGGAAUCUACAACGGUCUUAUGGCCACUACUUGCGAUCUUCGUCAGUGGUUCAGAGGCAAGCUAGGACUUAUCAGGAAGCCUUGUUCUUGAAGAACCAUAAGUUUUGUACUUCUUCCACAACUUCCUCUGAGAAGGGUGAUGAAGAAACUAAAAAGAUAACAGUUAUCUUUGUUGAUAAAGAUGGAGAGGAAAUUCCUGUUAAAGUCCCUAUUGGAAUGUCCGUGCUCGAAGCUGCUCAUGAAAACGAUAUAGACCUCGAAGGUGCUUGUGAGGCUUCUCUAGCGUGUUCAACGUGUCACGUGAUCGUGAUGGACACAGAAUACUAUAACAAACUUGAAGAACCAACAGAUGAAGAGAAUGAUAUGCUUGAUCUUGCUUUUGGGCUCACUGAAACGUCAAGACUGGGAUGCCAAGUCAUUGCAAGACCAGAGCUAGAUGGUGUGCGCUUGGCUAUUCCUUCGGCCACAAGGAAUUUCGCAGUUGAUGGAUUUGUUCCAAAACCUCAUUAGUUUUCGCAAAGAUUCUCGGAUCAUUUCACUACCCUACAAUGGAACCAGAGGCACUAAGGAUCAAAGAGAUGGUUAACGUUUCCAUUAGAGUUUUGAUGAUUGUUUACUGAGAGAAAACUGUUUGAUUACAUAUCUUAGUUUUGAUCUUGGCAUUUCUUGUUGAGUCUGAGAUUUAAACAGAAUAAGCAUUAAGCAAUUUUUUUGAAGAUUCUCACUGCAGAAUAAGAAUAAAACUCGCUAUCUUUAGUGAUGCAGAAUAAACUG